ACUUCGUUCCAGGCGGGCGGGGUGUCACAAUGUCAUCAUCGACAGACCCUCCACUUACGUUGAGAAAAAUAUAGCCUUUUUUACAACCCUUUGUUCUAUCUCAUUUUUCUCUUAUAUAAUUGACAUCACCUUUCACAAGUUGUAUAAAAAUUCUCCUUUACUACCUUACCUUAUAUCUUUUUCACUAUUAAAGUCCUCCUGCCUUUGCCAAAACAAUGGCAAAUGAAAACGAUGGAUCGUUCUUGAGUUCCGUUCUUACAGCUGCCUCGUCUACUGCAACGUCGCUUGCCACCAAUUUAAGCGAUCGAUUUCAAGAAUCACCGCAUGGAAGCAGCGGAGAAGACCAUACAGAAAAAUCUCAAUCAGAAAAGCCCGUCGAUGCCAAGGGCGGUCAGGUUGCCGCUAACCCAGCUAUGAACUUGAAUAAACAGCGUCAUGGAAGAACCCAUUCACAUACUAUCUCGGGCGAUCGUCCACCUGUGAUAAUAACCGAUCAUAGACCUACUGCGUCAUUCCACAGACGCAACUCGGAUGGAGGAUCGCCAGGGUUGGGAGCUUCCAUGGUGGCAGACAAUUUACUACCAGCAGCCCCUUCCACAACCACUGCCACUUCCGAUACCGCCAUCUUCUCCAGCACAGCCCCUUCGCUAUCGUUAGAGCACUUAUCGCUUAAACCCACAAGUCAAUCCGAAACUGGGAGUGUCAAUUCCGCGUUCUCUGAUACCACGGCGACCAACAAUGACCAAGGAACGCCUAUUGCUGAUCCCGAACAGCCUGUCACAAAGGAUAUGUUGGCGGUUCCUAGACGAAGGAGUCGUCCUAGAGGUUCAAGUGUAUCGACGACCAACUCUUUAGAUGCGAAAGGAACUUCGCUCAGUCGCUCAAAUAGUACUGCCUCUCGAACCACUGCCCUUCGGCGUAAAGACUCCGACGAUACCGACGCCGAUAAUGCUUCGGAAGGAGGUCAGUCUGCUACAGCUGGCAGCAUUGCAAGCGCGUGUGGUAUGGAGCUCGCCAACGCCAAGCGAAAUAGUGACUAUCACGCCUUGUUUAGAAGUGUUCCGGAAGAGGAUGUUCUGGUUGAAGAUUAUGGAUGCGCUCUUCAGAAAGAAAUUUUGGUGCAAGGUAGAAUGUACAUUUCCGAGAAUCAUGUUUGCUUCAAUGCCAAUAUCUUUGGAUGGGUCACCAACCUGGUGAUUGCGUUCACGGAGAUUGUAGCCAUUGAAAAGCGAAUGACGGCAAAAAUCAUCCCUAACGCCAUUCAAAUCUCCACUUUGCACUCCAAGCACCUUUUCGCCUCUUUCCUGUCUCGUGAUCAAGCUUACGAUCAACUUAUUGAUAUUUGGCAUGUCGCUCAUCCAACUCUGCAUAAUGGAAAACUUUCCGCCAAAGAAAACAGUGUAGACAACGAUGACGACAAUGAUGAAGAUGAAGAGGAUGAAAGUGACUAUAGCUACGAAGAGUACUCGGGUUCAGAUUAUGAUUCCGCUGAAUAUACGGAAGUAAGCGACGAUGAAGAAGAAGAUGUUGCUAAAGAUGGAGGAGAUACGAAAAAGCUGCAAGAGAGCGCCCGACAAGCGUCCGUUCAGACACUACCGCUCCCAGCAGGCAAAUCGAAAGAAGAGGUUGAGUCCCGGCGGCGAGCGAUGUCUGAAGCUACUUCCCGGCCCAACGGGAAGGUUUUGCAGAAGUCCAAACUUUCUGAGUCACCGAUACAACAGUCGUCACCCAAUGAUUCAGGAGCAGACAAAGCAGAUGGCACGGCCGCACAACCUGUCAAACAUGCUCCUACUGAAUGCGCCUGUGCAAAGGAUAAUCAACAUUAUCCGAGCAUUGCAUUGGACGAAACCUAUACAGGAACAUUGGAAACCAUCAAUAACCUGUUGUUCAACAGUGGAUUUGAAAAGAAAUUCCUUGUAGAGAAUCAGAAAAGCACAGACGUCAAUAUUGGACCUUGGGAAAAGGGACAAGGGGAUCUCAAGUUUGUCCGAGAAACCAAUUACAUCAAGUAUUUGGGCGGAUCCAUCGGUCCCAAAACCACAAAGUGUCUAUUGAAGGAUGAAGUCAUACACUACGAUUUGGAUGACUACAUUACACAAGUGACCACAACGCAAACACCCGAUGUCCCUUCGGGUAGUUCCUUUUGCGUGAAAACUCGCACUUGUUUGACAUGGGCGGGUGACAACAAAGUUCGCAUCUUAGUUACAUUUGCUGUGGAGUUCUCAAAGUCAAGUUGGCUGAAAUCUACCAUUGAAAAGGCUUCUGCCGAUGGACAAAUUGCCUACUUCAAGGCUUUGGAUGAGGCAGCACGAAAGUACAUACAACAACAUCCCAAUGAAUUCCAUGCCGGUGGUCGUCAUCCCGAGCGCGGAGAAAGGAGAACUAAACGAAGACGUAGGCGCAGAGUGCCCAAAACCGACAAAGACAGUGCCACCACCGAGACAAAAGAGCAAGAAAAGCAUGGAAUUCUGCAUAAACUAUUAUCGCCUUUUCUCUUUAUUGGUCGUAUACUAUGGGCUGGAAUUAAAUAUAUUAUCGAAAAUGCCCAAAUUCCAACCGUCCAACACCUUACCAUGGUGUUCAUGCUGCUUAUGCUGAUUGUCAGCUUACUUGCCGUAAGGAAGAUGGCCAAUAUGGAACGACAACUUGCCGAGUUGACGCAUGAAAUGCAAAUUCUUCCCGCCUCUCAAGGCUUGUGGGCCAAUGAGGACGAACGUGAACAAGUGUGGCAGUGGCUACAAUCUAAGAAAGGUGACACAUACCAAGACCGAUCUGACAACGCAUUAAAUGGUGAAACGUCCAGCCAGCCGGCUGGGAGUAAGGCCAGUACCAUGGUACCUCAAUUAAAGCACGAACUAGAUCAGGAAAUUGCGCACCUUGGUAUGCGAGUACAAGAGGCUCAGAAGCGGCUUCAGCAGUUAACUCAAGAAAAAUGAAAAAAAGUAUUCCACGCGAUGACAUCUCUAUGUCAUUUCUAGGUGGCGGUGUGCUACCUAACAACGGAGUUGAAGGUUAGCUUGUACAGCAAUUUAUGCAGGAUUGACAGGUCAGUCUUUUGAAAUGAGUGGCAAUAAAAUAAAAUAUUCAAAACUGGCUUUGAGCAAAUAUUACUUUU